CAGAAAUCGGUGUUCUCGGAUCUUGUCGGUAAAUUGUGUUGGUCGGUACUAAAAUAAAACUCUGUUAGUUGAAGUCGCAGUUUGUUCUCGUUGCUGCCCACGUUAAACAUGUCGUCUCUGGAAGUCCUUGCUGUGCCUCCAGCCGCAGAAAACCCAGUGAAGAUGGGUAAAACCACGGCAGCAGGCCAGAGGAGAGCUGCUCUUGGAGAGAUUACCAACUUUCCUGGAGCAGCAGUCAACACAAAGAGAACAGCACGAGCCAAAGCACCAGCCAAACCAUCCUGUGCCCAAAAAGCUAAACCCACCGCGGUCCAGGUGGUGCAUCCAGUAGACCAGGUCCAAGCACCCGCAGUUCCUCUCCCCCCAGCCUCAGAGGAGUCGGCCGACGUGUCCAUGAAGGAGGAGGAAGAGGAGCAGCUGUGCCAGGCUUUCUCUGAGGCGCUGCUCACUGUGCAGGACGUCGACGAGGAGGACGGAGACCUGCCGCAGCUCUGCUCACAAUAUGUCAAAGAUAUCUACAACUAUCUGCACGUCCUGGAGGUGCAGCAGGCGGUACGAGCCAACUACAUGCAGGGUUAUGAAAUCACCGAGCGCAUGCGAGCUCUCCUGAUCGACUGGCUGGUCCAGGUUCACUCCAGGUUCCAGCUGCUGCAGGAGACUCUCUACCUCACUGUCGCCGUCCUGGACCGUUUUCUCCAGGUCCAGCCGGUCUCUCGCAGAAAGCUGCAGCUUGUCGGUGUGACCGCCAUGCUGGUGGCCUGUAAAUAUGAGGAGAUGUACGCUCCGGAGGUCGGAGACUUUGCCUACAUCACAGACAACGCGUAUACCAAGUCUCAGAUUCUGGAGAUGGAGCAGGUGGUUUUGAAGAGCCUCAAUUUUCAGCUUGGACGUCCUCUUCCCUUACACUUCCUCAGGCGGGCCUCCAAGGUGGCCAGUUCUGACGUAGAGAGACACACGCUGGCCAAGUAUCUGAUGGAGCUGACCCUCAUCGACUACGACAUGGUGCACUAUCGGCCGUCUGAGAUCGCUGCUGCUUCGCUGUGUCUCUCCCAGCUGCUGCUCGACGGGCUGCCGUGGUCUGCUACACAGCAGCACUACUCGACUUACGACGAGGCGCACCUGAAGCCCAUCAUGCAGCACAUCGCCAAAAACGUUGUGAUGGUAAACGACGGGAAAACCAAGUUCCAGGCUGUGAAGAACAAGUACUCGAGCAGCAAGCUGAUGAAGAUCAGCCUCAUCCCUCAGCUGAAGUCGUCCACCGUCAAACACUUGGCGGCCGCUCUGCUCGCGUCUUGAGGGGAACCUUCACGUGUUGUCGGUGCACCUUUCUCUUGCACUUUAUUUUUGAUUUGGAUUGUGACCUGUGGAGAAACACUAGUUUUUAAUAAAAUGUUUUUAUAGUUUUUGAUCCAAGCUUCGGUUUGUUCUGUGCACUUUUUAAAUCGGUGAUUUGUUUUCGGUACAGCAGAUUUUAUUCAGCGCAGCUCGACGUUAAACAGCCUGUCAGUCAGUGCUGAGCUGCCUGAACAUCAGCUGCGUUUUUAAAGCAGCUUUCAGCAGCAAACUUUAUUUAAACAGACGUGCUUUUGGACUGAUGGACUCAUUAAAACUUCUGCUUUACUCUGAGUGCAUGUUUCUUCUACUUCAAUGUGCCUUUUUUUUCUGAUUUUUCUAUCUGAGCUUUAUGUUUUUGUCUCAUGUCUCUAAUAUUUCCAUUUACAGGAUUUGUACAGUUUUGAAACUUUGGAAAAGGUGUUUUCUAAAUUCAGAAUAUACUCCUUAAAUGCUUGUUUUUCAUCAUAUUCUGGUUCAUCUACAAUCACACAUGUAGACUGGAAAUGAUCCUGAUUAUUUGUCUUCUGUCAAACAUUAAAUCAAAGUUAAUCAUGAACAGCUGCUCAUAACUGACAUUAAUUGCGGUGGGGAUAAGGGGGCUUCAUGUUUUUCUUUUAAGUCGUCUUUAACAGUUUAAAUGUGAAAGGCUUGAGUCUGGAAAGUUUUUGAUUAAAGUCCCUUGGAAGUGCUUGAAUUUGCUCUUUAAAAGCUGUACUUGUCUGUGUAUAUUGUGGUUUUCAGUCCAUGAAUGUUUAUCUUCUGAAAUCUCAACCUUGUUCAGAUUAAACUGUUUUAGUG